AUGGUCCCCCAAGCUGCUCGAGAUGAUAGUAAGCCCACAGCCAGUUCCUCUCCCCGCUCGGGUCCAAAGCGGACCAAGAAGAAACGUCAUCAUCUUCAAAAUACAGAAGAGUCCCUGCCCGGUGUUCAAAAAAUCAAAUCCUCACUUCGCCAAACGCGACGGCUUUUGGCAAAAGAAAAUCUUGCCGCUGAUGUUCGUGUGGAGACUGAGCGAAGGUUGAAAGCGCUUGAGGCCGAGCUUGCUCGUGCUGAAAUAGCGAAGAAGGAGCGAACGUAUGCUAUGAAGUAUCAUAAAGUUAAAUUUUUUGAACGCCAGAAACUGGUCCGUAGGAUCAAGCAAGUCAAACGCGAUCUUACUUCGGCACAAGGGAAGGAGAGAGAAGGGUUAGAAGGCGAACUCGAAGGUCUGAGAGUGGACCUCAACUAUAUUCUGGUACGGGUCUCGAAUCUCAUGAAACAACACUACCCGAAGACCAAAAAGUACAUAUCACUUUUUCCUCCAGAAAGACGGCAAAUUGAUACCAUCUCGACAACUUCUGACGACAAUGACCAACGCGUUACGGUCCGUAAUCUCAUUCGAGACCAGAUGCGGCGUGGCGAAAUUAGCAAACAACCUGAAAAUGAGGUGGAAGGUGGCGGCCGACCAGUUACGUAUACUCCAGAUCAUUCCCAUAGAAAUGGAGAAGGAUCUCGUAGAAAGGACGAUCAGACUAGCUUGGCAGCACAUCGUACCACCGACGGAGAUGAUUUCUUUGGUGAGGACGGUGACACAGAAGCCUCCGGCGCAUCAGAAAUGUGA